GACGUAUUUGACGGCGAAAUGAGCGCACAAUUAGAUGAUUGGAUCUCUUUGGCCAAAGAGUGUCAGUAUUUGCCGGAAAACGACUUCAAACGCUUGUGUGACAUCGUGUGCGAGAUUCUGCUGGAGGAGAGCAAUGUGCAGCCCGUGUCCACUCCCGUCACGGUUUGCGGCGACAUCCAUGGCCAGUUCUACGACCUGGAGCAGUUGUUCCGCACUGGGGGCCACGUGCCCGACACGAACUACGUCUUCCUGGGCGAUUUCGUGGACCGCGGGUACUAUUCGUUGGAAACGUUGACGCGAUUGUUGACAUUGAAGGCGCGCUUUCCCAACAAAAUCACG